AUGGGUAUGUCCCAGGGAAAGCUUUGUCCCUCACCGGUGGCCACCAGGGACCGGCCAGUGGCGUCCCCCAUGAAGCCCUAUCACAGCUCCCGCAGACUUCCCUAUUCUGGUUGGACACUCUGGGCUGCCUGGUCCCACGGGGACACUCACAGAUCAUCCUGCCACCGGCUUGCAAGGGCACAUUGGCGGUUGAGUGGAGCACCUCCUAGAUGCAUGUCCAGGAUCCUGAAGACCAUUCUACACUUCCUGGGAGACGCGGACAUGUCCUCCAUCCUCCGCAUGCCAGGUCUGGUGAGGGAGAUGCUGCUGUCUGCUGCACCUUCCACCGAUUCCUGCAGCAUAGACCAUCAAAUCAUCAAGCACAUGCCUCCUAUGGCACAGGAGCAGGAAGGGGCUGCUUGCCAGCUUGCAGGACCAAGGCCUGUCCAAGACCGCUGUCCAGGGAAGACUGUACACAGAGCCCCUGGAGACAGUGGCCAAGGGGAGCCUGAGAAGGCAGAAGAUCCCGAGGAAAGAAAAUGUCAGAGGGGGAGCUCCCAUGUGACUGGAGGAGAACAAUCUGCCUUCAGGCCCCUGGUGUCCCAUGGCCGCCUGCCUUCCUUUGUGCCCAGACCUGGGGCUCUGCAGGUAAACAUCUGCACCCAGAGCUCCCAAGACAGAGCUGGCAUCUCCCAGGCCACCUGUAUGAGUUCCUGCCACAAAAGAAAUGCCAUCAGCAGCUCAUACAGCUCCAGUCGAGGUCUCCCAGGCCUGAAGAGGAGGGCUCCAGGCCCUUCCAACCAUAAGCUGCCCCUGGGAUGCUCUUCAUCCCCAGGGAUUCCACCGAAGAAGGCCCACACUGAGAAGGUGGCAGAAGGCAGGGUGGGAGAGCCAUUGCCCAGGAAGAAGGGUUCAGGUACUGGGGAUGCCGGCAGGCCACGGAAACGGAAGAUUCCUUUGCUGCCUCACCACCGAGGGGAACCUCUGAGGCUGCCACCACCUCUGGAACUGGCCUGUCCAGUCACCGCUGAGGACCUAGACCGGGAGAAGGAGAAAGUUCUGCAGCGCAUCAACCGCCUUCUGAUGGGUGAGACCCAGGCCAUGUGUGACAGCACUACCAUGGCCCCCCAAGCCCAUGCAUGGGACCCCGCUGCAUUGGGAGGAGGGGCCAGACCUGUGGCAUCCCUGGGCCUUAGCCAGAACUUGCUCCACCAUCCCAGUACCACCACUGUGGCAGCCUCCACCCCAAUGUGGGUGGGCUCUGCUGUCUCAUCCCAGAGACACCCUCCCACCUCCAACCUUAGUGUCCUCUUCCCCCACAGCCUGCCAAUUGCUGCUUUGGCCCUUCCUCCCAGACCCUCUCCCAGCAUGCUGGCAGGCUUAGCUCCACAGCCAGUGGCUCCCUUUGGGACCACCCUCAUGAAUACCAGUUUGCCUUCCCAGUCCCUCCAUGUGGGACCUCCAUCCAGCUCGGGUAGGAGCUUCCUCCCCUCUCACCAGGAUCCAAAGCCCAACAGGACACACAGGGCCUCACCUGUGGACAGCACCAGCAGGCCAGCUCCAAGGGUGCGGCAAAAGGCUCUGCUUGGGAAGCAGGCUGUCAUCUGUGGAGCCACCAUUCCACAAAUCCCUGGGAUUCCUCAUGGGAAGAUGCCCCUGUCCCUCUCCUUUGCCAGCCCUCAAUCUGUACACCUGGCAGCUCCAGGUCCAGGAGCAGUCCCAGUCCCACCAUUGACUGCAGGUCCCCCAGCCUUGGCCAGUCCAAGGCACUCAGCCCUUGGGGCUGACACACAUCAAAACCACACCAUGGGUUCCCAUGCCAGCACCCAGGCACAUUCUGCUGGCAGCCAGGCUGCAAGGCCUGCUGGGACAUCAAAUGCAUUGGCGUCUCCCUCUGCAGCUGCCCCCCAGAGUGUGGCCAGAGUUUGUCCUGACAACAGGCAGCCCCAGUCUGCCUGUGAGAAACAAGUUCCAUCCCCUUCCAGGCUGACAGGGUUAGUUACAUCAAAGGCCACUGGGAGGACAGACUUGUCUCCAGGCCUGACUACUCCCACAACAGCAAUGAGCAUUUGCUCAGAAAGUAGAGGGACCCCCAAACCCGGAGAGCACCAAGGGGCAAGCUUGGGACAGAACAGCAACAGGGACCCUGGCCUGAGCACUACCACUGCACCCAGAAAAUGCAAAAGCAAGAGCAAACGGGGGCAAGGAAGCACUGGAGCUCCUACCCUGAAUGCCACUCCCCAACACCUGCCCACCCAGGAACACCUAGGCUCAUCUCAGGGGACCAACACCACCCCCAGAAAGGCUACUUCUAGUAGCGCAUCUGUCCCUUUCACAUCAGGGGGAUCUGGGAGCCCAGACUUGCUCCCAGAUCUCAUAUCAGCCUUUGGGAACAUGUGUAUCUCUUCCCAAAGAGGAGGGACCCCAAACAACAGAGAGCAACCUGGGGCAAGCUUGGGACACAGUAAUGCCAAUGUCCAUAGGCAGAGCACCACCCUGGGGACCAAGGGGCAGAAGGGAAAGUGCAAGUCAGAGCAAGAAAACACUGGGGUUUGUACACUUACUGCCACCCUCCAAAGCCUGCCCAUACAGAAACCCUUAGGCUCUCCUGGGGGAAUAAGGACCACCCCGAAAAAGACCUCCUCUACUUGUAGGCCUGUUCCCAUAUCACCAAUGGGAUCUGGGAGCCCAGACUUGGUCCCAGUUUUGACAUCUCCCAGGGCAGCAAUAAACACCUGCUCAAAAAGUAGAGGAACCCCCAAAACUGGAGAGCAAAAUGAGGCAAGUUUGGGACAGAACACUAAGAGUGUCCCUGGCCAGAGCACUACCACUGUCCCCAAAAAACAAAAGAACAAAAGAAAACAAAAACAAGGAAACACUGGAGUUCCUACCCUGAGUGCCACCCCUCAACACCUGCCCACCCAGGAACACCUAAGCUCAUCUCAGGGGAACAACACCACCCCCAGAAAGGCUACCUCUGGUAGCUCGUCUGUCUCUGUGACAUCAGGGGGAUCUGGGAGCCCAGACUUGCUCCCAGAUCUCAUAUCAGCGUUUGGGGCCUUGUGCAUCUCCUCUUAA